AUGAUGGCGUUGCCUGGCUCAGCUGCGUCUCCGGACUUGCCCGUCCCUGCGGGUUCCGCGCCCCCUGCUGUGGCCCCUGUGUGCGUUGUUAAGCGCUUCAGGAAGAAUCCCUCUGGGCGGUCUGCUUCGGUUAAGAGGGGAGGUUGUGCCAACGCCCAGGGAGAUGCGCCGGUUGAGGGUGAGGCACCCAUCCGAGCUUCAGAAGAUGUGGGCUCUGAGCCUGGUGAGCCUAGCUACCAAGCUGACGGUGUCCCGAAAGGGCGUGCCAGCGCCCAGGGAGAUGCUCUGGUUGAGGGUGAGCCCACCAUCCAAGCUCCAAAAGCUGUGGGCUCUGAGCCUGGUGAGCCUAGCUACCAGGCUGAUGGUGUCCCGAAGGAGAUGGGCAAUGCUCAGUCAUCACAGCCUCGUGUUUCGCUACGUGGGAGUGAUCCCGUUGAUUUGGUGCCUGAGAAACCUGAUGGCCAACCCGUGUUCCCAGAGCCUAAAGAUAGUGCACCGGUUGGCAAGGCGUUCGGAUCCCAUGUCCAAGCAAGCCCCGCCGGUACAUCGCAGGCUCGUGCAACGCUACGUGGGAGUGAAGCCGAAGAUUUGGUGCCCGUGAAACCUGAUGGCGAAAUUUUAGGUGAUGGUGUGGGAGAUGCGGCACCCGAUCGUGAGAGUGCCUCCAAAACUUCGUCGAGGGAGGUGACAACGACGGCUAGGACCAAGGUGCAGUUGGGCUUCGAUAAGAACCAGGUUGCCUGUGGUGGACCAGGCCACGGUCCAAGCGGACCUUGUGCCACGGGGAGGGAGGCCGGAACCUUCAACAAGGCCUCUAGCGCCAGUGAGGCCACCACAGAGCCCACUGGCAAUCCCCUUGGCGGCUCUGCCAAGUACGCGCAGCUGGUUAUGAGCCCUCAGCUCGAGGCCCCCUCAGGUGCAAUCAGCGCGUUCUCCCUAGAGGUGUCCAGAGCUCGUAAGCUCGAUGAGUCGAGUCCAUCAGCCAAGGCUCCUGCUGUGUCGGAAAGUUCGGGGCAAUGUGCGUCCGCCGGUGCGAUGGUGGAUGAGGUCAGACCGUUCCAAAGGCGAAUAUUCAUGGGGCCAGCAGGUGUCCGUGAUGUUCCUGGAAAGGUGUCUUUGCCUGAGAAACCAAGGGUGGUUGCCCCGUUGAGUUCACGACCUGUUUUUACUGGUCCUGGAUCCAUUCCCCGCAGGACUGAAUGUCUCCCUAAGCGUGCCGCGGCCUACCCUUCCAGCAACAGGUCAGAUGCCCCAUUCCUGGAAUGUGUGCCUGAAGCAUCAACGUCCUUGCUUUCUGGUGAUCGGCCAAUGCCCCCACGACCUCCUAGCCCUAAGCGCAAGAAGAGGGAGCCCGAAAGUACCAGCCGAUCCAGUGGCUCUGCUUCGUCUGACGAGGGCAUCACGCAGGAUUGUGCAGAGGCCUUUCUGGCCAGGCUUGAUGCUCGUCCCACGUGUUCUGCGGGUCAUCCCUUGUUCUCCUUUGGGUCUCCUGAGCCUGGAUGGUGGUGCAGUGCUUGCAAACGCGUGUUCACCACGCGGCGCUUGCUUUGGGGUUGUAGGGUCUGCGACUUCGACAUUUGCGGAAAUUGCUUGGUCGAGAGUCAAGGUGGCUCUUUCCUCACUCCGGCUCCGGCUCAGAAUGUUGCUCAUGAUGCGCUCCCUGCUGUGCCGGUUCAGGAUGCCGCUCAAGAGGCAAUCCCCAGCAGCGCACAAGCAAUGCCCUCAAUGAAGCUUUUGCGUGCUUCAGGGGUUCUAACAGGCAGCGACAUGUUCCCGGAUGACCUUCACCUGACCCUGGAAGUGAAUGGUGAAAGCCUGUCAGUCUUGGGGUCGAGCAGGGCGCCAGGGCUCAAAGGGGGUUUCCGGAAAGUGUACCACCUUCGGGGUGAAGGGCCAGCUGCAAGCCUUGUGGUGAAGCUCGCUGAAAACGAUGCUGACAAUGUGAAUGAGGUUAAGAGUGCUGCUGCGUGUCCGGCAGCCUUUACCCGCAUCUUCGGCAGUGGCUCCAUUUGGGUGUCCCUUGGAGCAGACGGUUUGUGCCGGGCUCAUUAUGUCAUCACGGAACGUGUGGUUCCGUUGACUGCUUUGUUGGAUGGCCCAACUCUGCCCCCCACGGCAUGCACCUCUUUGGCCCUUCAAUGUUGUCGGGUUGUGUUCCGGGCAACUCUUGCAGGUAUCAAGUGUAGGGACCUUGGACAGAAGCAGUGGGGCCUCAAGGUCCCGCCAAACUUUAAAUUCCGGGAUGAGAUCUCCCUGCAACAAGUGCGCGAAGGCUUAACAGGUGAAGCGUUUCACCUCGUCAUCCUUGACGCCAAUUGUUGCCUUCCUGUGCCCCAGGCGAGCCUCUUGGGGCCACGCAAAAUGACCUCAUUUUGGGCCCUUCAAACAAGGGGCUAUGUGGGUCUCAUGAAGCGGCACAUGGUGCCUUUGUAUGUGACAUGUGGCCUCCUGAACGACGUCUUCGAUAUCCACCCAGAUACCAUCCACGCCUUGCGCAGCUCUGCGGUGGUCCGCAUGGCGCACCGAACCAGUGAGCCAUUCGACGUGGCAUAUCGUUUGCGCUUGCCCAGUGGGCCCCUCGUGGGCUGUGCCACCAUGCGUGUCUGCCCCGAGUGGCCAUGCUAA